AAAAAAUUAGGAUUCCUAAUUUACCGACUAAAAUCUCGCCAUCACUUUAUUUACCUGUUUACCAGUCUAGGAUAGGGAAAUAUCUUUGGUCUAGGAAAAUAGAUUUUCUAUGAGGAAAAUAUCUUUGUAGGUGUUCUAAGGUGGGAUAUAUGGUUUAAAGUGUAUUUGUAAGUGUAUGGUAUACAAACACUAUAGAUUUAUCAGUAUCAAACAGUAUCUUUGACAAGAUAACAUAACAAUACAAAUUACACAUAAUAUAUUACAAAAACAUCAAAAUGGAUAUCGGGGAAUUAUUAGAUUAUAAACCACCACAAGCCAUUAAGAGACCAACAGAAGGAGAAGACGACGAUGACGAAGAACGUACACGGAAAAUGCGAAGAAUCGCAAGGGCAAAGGCAGACCAAAUGGCAAGACCUACAUCACCAACACCCUCAAUUCAAACUUUGGACCAAAUAACUGACGAAGAAAGAGCCGAAAUUUUGAAGUUCGUCGAAACUGAACAAACGCAAGGUGAAGUUGUUGACGAAGCAGGAAUUAAAAAGAUUGUGUUGAAUUUUGAAAAGAGGGGCUUGAAGAACCGAGAAAUGAGAAUUAAGUUUCCUGAUUCACCUGAGAAAUUCAUGGAGAGCGAAAUAGAAUUGCAUGAAAUUUUGCAGGAAAUGAGAGUGUUGGCUACUGCUCCAGAUUAUUAUCCUCUACUAGUCAAGUUGCAAAUUAUUCCCAGUUUGUUAGAACUGCUGUCACAUGACAAUACAGAUAUAGCUGUAGCUACUGUAGAGUUACUCCAGGAGUUAACUGAUGUAGAUAUCCUUCAUGAAUCAGAAGAAGGUGCAGAUGCUUUAAUCGAUGCAUUGUUGGAGCAUCAAAUAGUGGCCCUUCUUGUCCAAAAUUUGGACAGGCUAGAUGAGACUGUCAAGGAAGAAGCUGCUGGAGUACACAACACUUUAUCUAUUAUUGAAAACUUAAUUGAAUUACGCAGUGAAAUUACAACAGAGUCAGUGAAACAAGGUCUAAUGGCUUGGCUGCUGAAAAGAUUAAAAUUAAAGGCACCUUUUGACAGUAACAAGUUGUAUGCAAGUGAAAUGUUGUCAAUUUUACUCCAAAACAAUGAGAAGAAUAGCAUAACCUUGGGGGAAUUGGACGGCAUAGACACAUUGUUGCAACAGCUUGCUUUUUACAAAAGACAUGAUCCAUCCAGUGCAGAUGAGCAUGAACUUAUGGAAAAUUUGUUUCACGCAUUGUGCAGCUCUUUAAUGUGUGCUCCAAACAGAGAUAGGUUCUUAAAAGGGGAAGGAUUGCAACUUAUGAAUUUGAUGUUAAGAGAAAAGAAAACGUCCAGAAAUGGAUCAUUGAAAGUAUUAGAUUAUGCCAUGUCUGGUUCUCAUGGAAAAGACAACUGUAAUAAGUUUGUGGAUAUACUUGGUCUGAGAACGAUAUUCCCGUUGUUCAUGAAAACGCCAAAAAAAAAUCGAAAGAAAGUCUUAUCCACUGAAGAACAUGAGGAACAUGUUUGCUCGAUCAUAGCAUCAAUGUUGAGAAAUUGUAGAGGUUCACAGAGACAGAGACUUAUCAGCAAGUUCACUGAAAAUGACCAUGAAAAAGUAGAUCGUUUAUUAGAGUUACACUUCAAAUAUUUGGAAAAGGUGGAAGCUAUAGAUGACGUCAUUGAAGAACAUGAUGAAGACGAGGAUGCGGCAUAUUUAAAAAGACUUGAAGGCGGAUUGUUCACAUUACAGCUUGUAGAUUACAUAAUAGUUGAAGUUUGUAAUGCUGGGCCUGCCAGCAUUAAACAGCGAGUCAUGCAAAUAUUAAAUUUACGGGGCGCAUCUUUAAAAACUAUCAAACACAUUAUGAGAGAAUAUGCGGGUAAUCUAGGAGAAGCUGGCGACAAAGAAUGGACAGAACAAGAACAACAGCAUAUUUUAAAUUUAGUAGAUAAGUUUUAAAAAUUUAAUUUUGUAUAUUUUAUUUAUGAAAUAAAUAAUUAUUAAUUAGUUAA